AUGGCGGGUGGCAAUGUCAAAGCAGUAACAGAAUUUGUUUUGCUGGGGUUCUCAGGUUUUGGUUCCCUUCGGGGCCCUCUGUUUUGGGGAGUGCUUUGUAUCUGCCUAGUUACCUUGUUGGGCAACUCCCUGAUCAUCCUCCUCACGCUGGCAGACCCUGCCCUGAUCCCCAUGUAUUUCUUCCUUCGCCACUUCUCCGUGGUGGAAAUCCUCUACGCCACAACUACCAUGCCUAGGAUGCUGGCUGACCUCCUGGCCUCCUGCCCCACCAUUUCACCUGCCAGCUGCUUCACCCAGCUGUAUUUCUUUGCCCUCUUUGGCAUCACUGAAUGCUGUUUACUUACUGCCAUGGCCUGUGACCGCUAUGCUGCCGUUUGUAGGCCCCUCCAUUAUACCACCCUCAUGAACCAGGGAGCAUGUGUGAGCAUGGUGGCGGCCUCCUACCUCAUGGGCAUCAUCACUGGUACCACUCACUCCAUCUUCAUCUUCACUUUGCCCUUCUGUGGUGCCAACACAAUCCACCACUUCCUGUGAGACAUUCUGCCUGUGCUGAGACUCGCUAGUGCCAGCACCUUCUGGGGUGAAGUGGGCAAUAUUGCCCUUGCAAUCGCCUUUAUCCUGACCCCCUUCUUACUGAUCAUAGCCUCCUAUGGCUGUAUCCUUGCCACCAUCCUGGGGAUCGCGACAUCUCAGAGCCGUCGGAAAGUCUUCUCUACCUGUUCCUCCCACCUGUUUGUGGUCAUGAUCUUUUUUGGGACUGGGACUGUUGCCUCUAUGAGGCCUUGGGCAGGCUCCUCGCAGGACAUGGACCAGAUCCUUGCCUUCGUCUACACAGUUGUCACUCCCAUGUUCAACCCUUUUGUCUACACUCUGAGGAACAAGGAGGUCACAGGGGCAAUGAAGCGCCUUGUGAAGAGAUACAUUUGGAGCCCUUGA